UUCCAUGCUCGUCCAUUUUCACGGACCCCCUCUUAUUCUCGUUCCACUCUCGCCAGACGCCUCCAGUGUGCGUGUCGUCCUCGGAGAGUGCACAUCGUCGCACCUCAUCCGAUUCUUGCGUUUUCCCGCACACCAAACAUGGAUGCAGCUUCCUAGCAGACAACAUUUUGGAGUAAAACAGGUCUUUGUUGGAAGUUUGUUUUCCUCUGCAAGUUCCCGAGCGUCAGGAUGUCGUCGCGCAAGCUGGAGCCACGCGUCAUGCUCAUUCUGUGCCUUAUCUCCACGGCGGCGUGCAACACUUCCAUGUCCACCGAGGAGCCUUCUGACACGGGCGCCAAGUCGGACGGCUACUGCAGCCGCAUCCUGCGGGCUCAGAGCGCCCGGAGGGACGGCAACAGUGAGUUCAGGCUGCGCGUGGAAGGAGACCCCGAGAGCUACCAGCCAGGGAGCACCUACAGAGUGACUCUUUUUGCGACCAACCCCUCUUACUUCAGAGGCUUUACCCUCAUUGCCUUGAAAGAGGGUGCAGAAGGCGACAAGGAGGAGGACUAUAUUGGAAAUUACCAGAUAAUUGAUGAGGAGGAAACCCAGUUUAUGAUAAACUGCCCACCUGCAGUGACUGAGGGGACCCCUCGUCGACGGACCAGCAUCCAGGUUUUCUGGACCGCGCCCCCUAGCGGCUCUGGUUGUGUUUUCCUCAAGGCAAGCAUUGUGCAGAAGAAGAUCAUCUAUUUCCAGGAUGAAGGCCCUCUCACUAAGAAAAUGUGUGAGAAAGAAUCUCUGUAUGGUGAUGCCACAAAUCAACCCCUGCUUGACUGCUGUGCCUGUGGAACAGCAAAGUACAGAGUCACCUUCUAUGGGAACUGGUCAGAGAAGAUUCACCCUAAAGACUACCCACGUCGUGCCAAUCACUGGUCAGCCAUAAUUGGCGCAUCCCACUCAAGGAACUACAUGCUGUGGGAAUACGGAGGAUUGGCCAGUGAUGGGGUCAGACAAGUAGCUGAGCUAGGAUCACCAGUUAAAAUGGAGGAGGAGAUCAGACAAAAGGGUGAUGACGUCCUGACCGUCAUCAAGAUGAAAGCACAGUGGCCGGCUUGGCAGCCACUUAAUGUGCGAGCUGCACCAUCCGCGGAAUUCUCGGUUGACCGUGCCCGUCACCUUAUGUCCUUUCUGACCAUGCUGGGGCCAAGUCCUGACUGGAAUGUGGGUCUGUCUGCAGAGGAUUUGUGCACCAAAGAAUGUGGCUGGGUCCAAAAAGUAGUCCAAGAUCUCAUCCCCUGGGAUGCAGGCACUGAUAGCGGGGUGUCAUAUGAGUCACCUAACAAACCGACAGUGCCCGAAGAUAAAAUCCGUCCUCUGACCAGUUUGGACCAUCCUCAAAGCCCUUUCUAUGACCCUGAAGGAGGAGCUAUCAGUCCUGUGGCCAGGAUUGUAGUGGAACGUAUUGCCAGAAAGGGAGAGCAGUGCAACAUUGUACCAGACAAUGUGGAUGACAUUGUGGCAGAUAUUGCCCAGGAGGAGAAAGAAGAAGCAGAUGACACCCCCGAGACAUGUAUCUACUCCAACUGGUCUCCAUGGUCGGCUUGCAGCUCGGCAACAUGUGAAAAGGGGAAGCGGAUGAGGCAGAGGAUGCUCAAGGCCCAGCUGGAUCUGAGUGUUCCCUGUCCGCACACCCAGGAUUUCGAGCCUUGCAUGGGGCCGGGAUGCAGCGACGAAGACGCAUCCACCUGUAUGAUGUCAGAGUGGAUCACUUGGUCUCCAUGCAGUGUGUCAUGUGGGCAAGGUACACGUUCCCGGGAACGUUAUGUUAAGCAAUUCCCAGAUGACGGCUCAGUCUGCACUCUACCCACGGAGGAGACCGAAGACUGUGUCGUCAACGAGGAAUGCUUUCCCAGCAGCUGUCUAGUAACUGAGUGGGGGGAAUGGGAUGCCUGCAGUGCCACUUGCGGUCAGGGCAUAAAAAGAAGGGAGCGUAUGGUGAAGAUGCCUCCUGCAGAUGGGUCCAUUUGUGGAGCUGAAGUUGUGGAAGUCGAGAAGUGCAUGAUGCCAGAAUGUCAUACAAUCCCAUGCAUGCUGACUAUGUGGUCGGAUUGGAGUGACUGCAGCGUCUCAUGUGGCAAGGGUCUAAGAACACGGCAACGGAUGCUCAAGUCGCCUGUUGAGCUAGGAGACUGCACAGAAGAGUUGGACCAGGUGGAGAAGUGCAUGCUACCGGAAUGUCCCAUAGACUGUGUCAUGUCCGAGUGGAGCGAGUGGUCUGAGUGUAAUAAGUCCUGCGGUAAAGGUCACACGAUCAGGACACGCACAGUCAAGUUGGAGCCUCAGUUUGGUGGAGACCACUGUCCUGAAAGUAUCCAGAGGAAGAAGUGUAAGGUCAGGAAGUGCACCAGAUCAGGACAGGGAAACGGUGAAGAGAAUAAACGACGCAAGGAGUCGCGAGAAAAAAAGAGGAGCAAACAGACCAGGACUGCGUUUGCCUAUGAGCAUCCAGGAUGUAAAAUGAGGCCAUGGUCAAGCUGGACUGAAUGUACCAAAGUGUGCGGCGGAGGUAUUCAAGAACGGCUAAUGACUGUGAAGCAAAAGUUCAAGACUGCACAAUUGUCCAGCUGCAAGGACAGGAAGGAGAUUCGAGCAUGUAACGUGCACCCUUGUUAAGAAGAAUACUAGUACAUGGGAGACAUUUCUGGAGCUGAGAACAAGCCCAGGCAUUGUACAGUAUGUUGUCACACAAUGGCCCAGUGCACUCUAUUUAGAGCUCUGACGGCACUUUAAUGUCAUAUUCCAUACAAAAAAAACCCCAAAAAAAAGUCAAACUUUUUUCGGACAUGGAGAAAUGUGGGGUGGGUGGGAAAUUAAGGUGUCUGCUGUCCUCUCCAAUUUUAUUUUUCCUGUGAUGUUUCAAUUCUGUCAAUGCAACAUGAUCAGUUUUAAUUUUAUUCCAUCGUCCUGUUGAAGGUUAAUAGAUAUAAAGAGGCUUCGUUCAAAUUUUCUUGGUGUUAUAAUUACGACACAAACAUGAGGAUCUGCGAUUUCAAACCAAACUGACUUUCCCGUACUGUAGCUCUGAUACACUUCAAGAUGACUGUAAAUGUGUUGUGGUGUAUCAUGGAAAUAUUCAGAACUAAUUUAAUAAAUUAAUAGUCAUUAUAUCUUGUGGUAUCCUUAGUAUCACUAUAGUAAUUUAAAAACACUGGUGCUCAGCCUUCCCAAUUCUUCACUGCCUUUUGUUGUUGAACCCCCCCUUCCCCCCAUACCCCCAAUAAUGUUGUUUUAUAGCUGCACCACAAUUCGAAUAAUAAUUUAUAACAUUUUUAAAUAUCUAGAUAUUCCCCCCCUUGUGAUUUUCUUCUUUUUUUUUGUUUUUAAAAAUAAUGUCUUAAGAUUCCUUCCAAAGUGUUGUGUAGAUGUUAUGAAGAUGUUUUCUGCCCUCUUCGUUCCUAUAACGUGUUAAAAUUUUGGAAUAACAUCACCUUUACAAUAAAAGUA